ACAAAAGAGAAAGAAAUCUCUCCAUCUGAGUUGCACAUCUCAAAAUCCUCUCUCUCUCUCUGUCUCUCUGCGUCGGCAAUGGCGCUUCCGUCCUUAUUCCGUGAGAGGCUUGAACAGAUGGAGGACACCAGGAACCAGCGGCUCUCUCUCCUCCAGACGGAGAGAGAGCUACAAAUCAUCAAAUCCCAGCUCUUAUCCACGAAGCUAUCCAACAUCCGAUCCCUGGAACAAUGCUGCUUGAAAUUCGAGCAGAAGAUCGCGUCUCGGAAAUUUGCCAUCUCGUCUCUCAAAGCCCAAAUGGAUUCACUCGACUCCAACUACGAUCACAUUCUGCAACAAAUUAGGGUGUCAAAGAAUGAGGUGGAAGAGCUGGAGGAGUUGGAGAAGCAGAAGGAGAGUUUUUAUGGUUUGGAAAGGCAUAAAAUGGAGAGGUUUCAGGCUCAAGUGGAGAACUUUGUUGUUGACUGUCAAAUGCAAGUCCAGGAGUUGAGAAACAAGAUCAAUGAGCUCAAAGCAAUCUUUGUGGAAGUUAAAGCAAACAAUGAACAUUUGACUGGCUCUGAGAUAGCUGCAGCAGAGAUGCGAAAAUCUGAACUUUCAGCUGCAAAAGAGAACUUGGAUAGAUGCUUGGCUUCAAAUUACCAGAUCAGGACACAGUUGCAAAAGCAGCUUCACAGCCUAUUGUCGGAAAAAAACAAAGAGAGCCUUGCCAGUUGCGUAAACAAAUGACUUGGACGCUAAGCUCAGGAUCAGGACAAAAACCAGGGCUAUGGAUGAAUGCCUAGAGUAGACACUAAACUUGCAAAUUGAAUUGUUCAGAGUUGGUGAUUCAACAUCUAGCGGGUUCAUGUUGAUUGUAAACCGAAAGCAUAUCAGAUUCUUUAACCUGAAUUAAGGACAUAAAAUUGUGUAGAUAGAUCGGAAUACCAGAGCACUAAUUUGUUGCUGUAGCAGAAAGUGCCAACAGACAAUAAUGUCUUCUCUGAACUUUUUAGUCUUUGACGAUCGUAUA